ACACAUAAAAAAAAAAAACCAGUCACCCUCAAGUCUCUCCGCUUUCCACUCAUCUUAGAGAGUAGAGAGAGAAAGUAGUCGGUGAGCUCAGAGAUCGGCGGCCAUGGCUUCUUCAACUGAACGUGAAAACUUCAUCUAUGUCGCCAAGCUUGCCGAGCAAGCGGAACGUUAUGAUGAAAUGGUGGAUGCUAUGAAAAAGGUAGCAAAGUUGGAUGUUGAAUUGACUGUUGAAGAGAGGAACUUGCUCUCAGUUGGGUACAAGAAUGUAGUGGGUUCACGUAGGGCAUCAUGGAGAAUAUUAUCUUCAAUUGAGCAGAAGGAGGAAUCUAGAGGCAAUGAAGUGAAUGUAAAGCGGAUUAAGGAAUAUAGGCAGAAGGUUGAAACAGAGCUGUCUGACAUUUGUAGUGAUAUCAUGAUUGUUAUUGAUGAGCAUCUGAUUCCAUCCUCUUCCGCUGGUGAAUCUACCGUUUUCUACUACAAAAUGAAAGGAGACUAUUAUAGGUAUCUUGCAGAGUUCAAGUUUGGUAAUGAUAAAAAAGAGGCAGCAGAUCAGUCGCUGAAGGCUUAUCAAUUGGCUUCCACCACCGCAGAAGCUGAUCUAUCUCCUACUCACCCAAUCCGGUUAGGUUUGGCUUUGAACUUCUCCGUGUUCUAUUACGAGAUUAUGAACUCUCCUGAAAGGGCCUGCCAUCUGGCAAAACAAGCUUUUGAUGAAGCUAUUUCCGAGCUUGAUUCCCUGAGUGAGGAAUCCUACAAAGAUAGCACUUUAAUUAUGCAGCUCCUGAGGGACAAUCUCACUUUGUGGACUUCGGACAUCCCCGAGGAUGGAGAAGACCAAAAGAUGGAGAUCACCAAAUCUGGAGCAGAAGAUGCAGAGUAAAUUUGUAUGAAGCAUUCUUGGAUGGAAUGGAGUAAGAAAGGAAGAUGUAUUUUAUUUGUAAGCCUGCCUGCCUGCCUGCCUUGAUUUGAAAGAAUUUCUUUAGUCUGUUUGUUUUCUUUAAAUGGUUUGAGCCGCUUAUUCAUUCAGACAUUUGUUGAUUAAGACCGUCUGUCUUUUCUUCUGAAUGAAUCUUUAUGGUUUUUAGCUUCAUUC